AUGGUAAACAAGUCCAUGCGGUGCGCGAACAAGGCCGCUGAGAGCGCGUCUGCACGUCUCUGUGCAGACGCCGAAGCAGAAACCGCUGCAACUGAUGUGUCAUCGGUUGCUGAAGCGUCUCAGCCUGUGUCACCUGGUGAUACAGGCGCUCGUCACGAAGACACUCACGUCUUCACAGAGUAUGAGCUCGGUGUCUCAUACUCUCCCGAUGCGGAAGAGGGAUCCGUAUCGAAGGCGGUUGAAACCAAGCCGCCUGCCAAGCGUUGCAUGGAUGAUUCUACGCGUCGUAGCAUCUUUGGUUCAUCUAAUGAGGUAGAUGAACCAUCGCCUAAGCGAAGGCGCUCGAGAUCGCAAGACUCGGGCGCUCACAGUGGUUUCAGUUCUCCUAUUGACACCACUUCGAAACGAGGUGCCAGUACUUCUGUCGGCACGUCGCAGGAAGAGCAGGACCGCAAUAUGUUGCGUCUCGCUCCUGAGAAGAAGGCAUGA